GUACCACUCAACCCCUUGAACGAGUGCUCCCACUGAACGAACAUGUCCCAGCAAUACGAUCUCGCCUCCGCUGUCGGCUUCCAGGACGACGACCAGCCCGUGUCCUGGAACCAGAGGGACAUCCUCAUCUACGGCGUAGGUAUUGGCGCGAAGCGUGAUGACUUCGCCAUCAUCAACGAGCUCGACAAGUCGUGGACUCCUUUCCCCACCUACCCCGUUGUCCUCCCUUUUAAAGGCACGAGCCAGGAUGUCGUCAACUUCCGUCAGCUCAUGACCGGCGGCAAGCGCGCUCCCGGCCUCCCCAAAUUCGAUCCCAACCGUGGCGUGCACGGCAGCCAGUCAAUUGAGAUCCUUAAGCCUCUCCCCGCCGUAAGCGGCCCCGGCUGGAAGGUCAAGAAGCGGGUUGUCGGAGUGAGCGAGAACAAGUCGGGCAUCAUCCUCGAGAACGAGUCUACGCUUGUAGACCCUCAUGGCACGGUCUACGCCAAGCUCUUCAGCGGCUCCUUCAACCUCGGCGCCAAGGCGACCGGCACCAACUUCUCCAAGCGCAUCGCCGGCCCCCCGCAGGCGAAGCAGCCCCCCAAGGACCGCAAGCCCGACUGGAUCGUCCGCGACCAGACGACGCCCGAGCAGGCCGUCCUCUACCGCCUCAGCGGCGACUACAACGAGCUCCAUAUCAACCCCGCGAUCGGCCAAGCCGCGGGCUUUGGGGGCGUGAUCCUGCACGGGCUCUCUACGUUCGGUUUCGGCGCGCGCGCGGUCGUGUCCGCCGUUGGGGGCGGGGACCCCGCGUCGCUGCGGUUCUUUGGGGUGCGCUUCACCGCGCCCGUGCGGCCCGGGGACGCGCUCGAGACGCUCAUCUGGGAGAUCGGGCCCGUGGGCGCGGACGUCGCGGGCCACGCGGGCGAGACGGAGGUCGCGUUCGUGACGCGGAACGUCGCGACGGGCAAGGUCGCGCUCGGCGCGGGCGUGGCGUACGUGAAAAAGGCGGCGGGCGCGAAGGGCAAGCUGUGAGUUGACGGUAGGCUGGAUGAUAAUUUAUCUACCGCUUGAUACUUGCUGUGUUGGAGAGCUGUCGAGAACGUCAACUGGGUUGAUUUGAUAGCCCAGGGCCGAACAAUCGCCACGCGACGG